UUCACAUAGGUUGUCUCAAGUUCCCCAGUCACAGAAUGUUCAGUUGUGUUGUGAAGAACCCUGUUAAUGAGGACACAGCAAGAAAUCACUGAUGAGAGAAAAGCCAGCAGGGCCAGUGAGACUGGAGAUCAAAGGCCUUUAUAUUUGAUGGAGCACAUUGGUCUUCAGUUUUCGCCUUCAUCAAAUGUUUAGUACUUAUGAAGAACAAAGCCAGUGAUGCUACAAAGAACAUUUUGUCAUGAAAAAGAGGGAAAACCAAGAAGAGCAAUUUCUCAUAACCAGGAGAUUCCAUAUAUUCCAGCAAAUUUUGAUAUAACUUAAUUUCUGCAACCAGCACACAACAUUUGAAAAACUAAGGUGGAUUAUUUCAAGCUGAAUGAAAAUUAAUGAGAUGACCAAUUAAUGAAAUGAAAAUUAGUGAGAAUGAAAAGUAAUGAGAUGUCUGACAUUUAUUCCUAACACCAUUUGAGGAAGAAGACUCAUUCACUUCAAAAUUUAAAAAAAAACUGCUAGUUCCUUACUUUUUAUAAACAAAAUCAAAUGUCAUUGUUUUGAUUAUGAAUGUCAGUUAAUUAUUAAUUACUGAUUAAUAAUCUAGAUUAUUAGUUUUUAUUGUUUUUGUUUGUUCCUGUGAGUUUUGUACCAAAUCUAAAAGAAGAAAAAAUUAUGAAAAACAACUUAGGAAAUAUGAUGAAAAAAUGAAUUUAUUUCGUUAAUAAUUUUUGAUUCCAUCAAAUAUUCUAUGUCAGAAUUUUACAAUGCCAAAGAUAUGCUGGCCUUGUUGAAAGAGAAUGAAAUUGAGUGUCUUGAAGAAAUCCAUGCAGUGGCUGUUUCUUCCGAGGUCACUGUAGCACAUUAUCCUCACCCUUAUUCUGCUUCUGUAAAGCCUUCACUGUCUUCAACAGCUGGUGCUAUCUCCGAAAAGAAGCUUUGCGCCACUAAGUGUUUCAAGUGUCCAGACUGUAAGAAAUCCUUCUCACAACUUGGCAAUCUGAAGACCCAUCAAAAUAUUCACAGUCCAGUCAAACCAUUUCAGUGUAAAGUAUGUCAGAGAAGUUUUGCACAACAAAGUACCCUCCUACAGCAUAUGCGACUGCACACGGGUGAGAAACCCUACAAAUGCAAGCUAUGUAAUAAGGACUUUACUCAGUCUUCUCAUUUACAGCAGCACUUGCGUACUCAUACAGGAGAGCGGCCAUACAAAUGUUCGUUCUGUGAUAAGGAUUUUGCCCAACGCUCAACACUCAACCAACACACUUUGACACAUACUGGUAUCAAGCUAUUUAUUUGUCCACAUUGCAACAAAAGCUUUGCACAAGCAAGCCACUUGAAUCAGCAUGUACGUCGACACACUGGGGAAAAACCUUACAAAUGCUAUACAUGCUUGAAGGAAUUCACGCAAUCAAGUAACUUAGCCCAGCACAUGAGAACUCAUACAGGCGAAAAGCCAUAUCACUGCUCAUUGUGUAACCGUGAUUUUGCACAGUGUAGUCAUCUGAACCAGCAUAUGCGUAACAAACAUGACAGUAAGUUGUCUGCUGGUAUUGUUAAUAAUAACCAGUACAUUUUGAACAGAUAUCAACAAUUCCAAGAGAAUUCUAAGAGAGAUAACUCUUCAAAUUCUGUAGAUGGUUACCAACCAAAUUUCUAUCCAUUAUUUAAUCAAUUGACUUCAAGUCAUCAAACAGUAACAUCAUCGAGAGAAAUAGUUUCAACAACUCAUAAAAGUAAACAACCCAACUUGAAUUUUAUGUGUACCAGCACCAACUGUACUCUAACAGACAGUCUGUCCAUAAAGAAUAAUUAUCUCCAGGAAAAACCAACUGAGUUGUCAACUUCCCUUCCAAUUAGCCAGUCCAGUUAUUUUAAUCCCCAUAACAGAAAUCAGAUUACAUAUCCCUCAGAUGAAUAUGUGCCAAACUGUGAUCCUUCAUCCCAAACAUUACGUCAGUACUCAAGAAGUACCCACAAUAAAACUGGUGAUACAUCAGAAGGGAUUUUGCAUUUAAACUGGGACAGUAGGAACAACUUAAGUAAAUCAACAGAUGACUCUCAACAUUCUUUCCUGGAUUCAAUUAAGGAAAUGAAAUCUUUGCCUGUAACACAGCAAAAUAUUUAUACAAAUCAAAUUGAUCCAAAUGAUUCUGGGAAUUCAGAAAGCAAACCAGAAAGGGACCCUACAGUUCCUGAUGGUAAAUUGGCAGUCAGUCACCUAAGAUCACCAAAUAAUUUACAAAGCACUGAAAUCUUAAUGCUGGAAAAUAGCCUGACAGUAUACAAUCGCUCAUAUGAUAAUUCCACUCCUGCAAAAGACUGUUUAAACAAACUCUCUAUAUCUCACUCAGAAGUGGUUUCUCAUUUGAAGGAAUUGACAGAGAGUGACUGUCAUGCUUUGCCCAUUCAGGAGACAUCCAAUGAAAGCCAGGUUCAGGUUCCUGUUUGUGAUCAUUCCCAGAGGAAACAUUCAUUAAAUCAGGAACAACUAGAAAAGAACCCAAUGGGUUUUAAAAGAAAUCAACAUGAAGGUCAAUAUAAAUAUCAAUCUGAAGAUGACCAGCCAACACCCAAAGGGAAAUUACACAGUGACUUUUUUUUGCUUCAAAAUAAAUCAUCAGAAAGAAGUAAUUCUUCCUCCCAGCUUGCUCCUGUUAAGCAUAAAGAUCUUUCUAAUAGGUGUUACAACCAUAAAAAUGACACCCAGAAUAACAAUACCAAGUUAACAGACAUAAGGUCAGCAAGUCAAACAGACAAACUGUCAACAAAAGUCACUGAUGGAAAUUGUCUUCAAUCAUCACCAACUAAAUCACAUUUAUCAAAGGCAUUACAGCAUGGUUCUUCAAACAGUUCCUCUCUUUUAGUUGUUCAGUACAAUUCUACAACUGCUGAAUCUGAAUCAGAAAAUUAUCAAUCACCAACCAACCAUCAAGUUACUCAUAUACAGAACUGAACUAUUAAAUAUAUUCUUUUUAUUUCUCCUUUACUGACUCUUUUGGAUUGAGUUAAGACAUUAAAAUAUGACUGGUGGAAAGGGUCAUUACAAGAACAUACAUAUAUGGCAAUAUUAUUUAAAUUCCAAACAAUGCAUACUUUCUUGUAUACACACUUGUAUAUAUGCACACAAAACUGGACAACAUCUAUGCAGUGGAUUCACCAAAUUCAAUGAAAAAGUCAAAAGCAAACGUAAACAAAUGAAUAUCAAGAGAUUAAGAGAGAAACAGAAAAAGCUUACAUACAUACUGACAGACAUGCAUGCACAUGAGUGCAUGUAUACUCUCUCACACACACACAUACAUACAUACAUACAUACAUACAUACAUACAUACAUACAUACAUACAUACAUACAUACAUACAUACAUACAUACAUUUACAUUUAUAUACAGAGAGAUAUGAAGAUAGACAUACAGAUAGAGAUACAGAGAUAGGCAAACAGAUAAUUGAAUAGACAUAUAUGCAGAGAGACAAAUACACCAAGGGAAAGACUGAUAGACAAAU